CUUUUUUUCUUCUCCUUUAUUUCCUUUAUAUUAUAUACAUACACAGAUAUAUAUUUACAUAUAUAUAUACCCUUAUAAUUUAUAUGUCACCUACACGUCGUACUCGUAGAGCAAAUGUUAAUAAUAAAAGAACAAGAUCAAGUCGUAAUGUAACUGAUUCUUCUGAUGAAGAAAGUUCAGAUGGUAGUUCAAUUACAAGAUGUAUUUGUGGGGAAGCACAUAAUAUGGGUUUAAUGGUUCAAUGUGAUAAAUGUGAAGUUUGGCAGCAUUGUGAAUGUAUGGGUCUUGUACAGAAUGAAUUGCCUGAUCACUAUUAUUGUGAUCAGUGUGGACCUGAAAAUCAUCAUAUCAUAAAAACUUCUUCAGGACGUUCAAAACGUCUUUAUCAUGCCGGUUUAGUGAAUAACAACAAUCAUCAUAAUUAUGAAAUUCAAUCGCCGAAUAAUGAAAUUAGUAACUCCGGUUCCGAGUCAGCAUCGGCACCAGUAACCAAGAAACCGAACAAGAGACGCAAGAAAGAUGAGGAAGAAGAAAAAGAAAAUUCAAACCAGUUUGAAGAACGUUCUACUAGAUCAAAGCGUCCUAACUUAUUAUUGGUUGAUGAAUUGCCACCUCCUACAAGGAAAAAAGUAUUACAAGAAAAGAAAUCGACCAAAAAUAAAGCCAAUACCCCUCAACAACAACAUAAUAAUAAUAAUAGUAGUAGUAGUAGUAGUAGUAGUAGCAAUAAUAAUAAUGCCCUGGAUGAUUUUAAUACGUCAUCAUUUUCACCCUAUUGGAAUACAACAGAUGGUAAACCAAUUAGAGAAAGUUCACCACCAGCAAAGAUUAAAUACCCAAGUUCAAAAAUGACAUUUGCAGAUAUGAAUAAGAGAACUAAACAGAUUAUGGAUUAUAUAUCAAGAAUAAAAUCAAAAGAAACAUUAAAUGAAAAAGAAAAGAAAACAUUGCCAGUAUUACUAUCUUCAAUGACAGAUGAUCAACAAGAUGAUUUCUUCCUUAGACCCAGGUCUUUAUCCACCUCCUCUUCCUCUUCUUCUUUAAGUAGUGCUUCUACUGUACCAUUAUUGGACGAUUAUACAGCAAGUACAUGUAGUAGUAAUAAUAGUCCAAUAACGCCUUCAUAUUAUAAAGAAGAAGAACAAGAGUCAUCAUUAGAAAUAAUUGAACGUAUAAGUCAAGAAAUAACAAAAUUUCAAAGAAAAUUUGGAAUUGUAUAUCAACCCUAUUCUCUUGCAAUUGUAAAUCAACAGCAACAACAAUAGCAACUCUAACGUAUAAAUUAAAAUUAUUUGUAAAUAAGAUGAAAUAAAAUAAAAAAUAGUCGAAUGAUAUGUUGCUGUUGUUUUUUUUUUUACUGUAUUUUCCGCUAUUAAGACUGGCAUCACAUUUAAUAAAGUUAAACAAGUCUCUAAUAUAUAAAGAAAAAAAUUUUUUUUCUCCCUUCCAGAUCUAGCAUAUUCCUCAAAUAAGUUGCAUAUAAAAAAUUAAUUUAUUGCAUGAGUCGCUGGAAUAUUUGAUGCUACAAAAUAGAAUAUAAUAAUAAAAAUGUAUAAAAGC